AUGCAGAUUACCCCUCGCGUCCUCGCCGGGUUAUUUUCUCUUCUUGUCUCACGUCUUGAGCUCACUAAUGCAGCUGUAACUGAUCAAGUCGGCGAGACAGUAGAGGGUAAUUACCUGGCAGAAGAGAAGUUUCAACUGACAACCGCGUCAGUCAAGGACCUUGAGGAGCUUGGCUUCAAACACGCAAAGCUUUUCUAUCCCGAAGACGAAAUCAGAAAACGAAGUAUUGGUCUCCUUGCACGGAGUAAAUGCAAAACCUUCCCGGGAGACGCUCGUUGGCCCGAGGAUGAUGUUUGGAAGUUUCUGUAUCGCAUCACUGGAAGCGCUUUGAUCAAGACUAUUCCCAUUGGUGCAUCAUGCUACGACAAUCUUGGAGUUUACAGUAAGGCUCGGUGUAGGCAUAUCGUUGAUCAAUGGAGCAAUUCUUCGCUUCAUAUCGCUGAUCCAACUUCUGUCAUGUGGCCGAUCUAUCAAGGUCGAACAUGCAUGCCCGGCAAUAAACCCGACGGAAACUGUACGCUAGGCGGCUUUCCCUCCUACGUUGUUGACGCUCACAACGUCGCACAUAUACAACUAGCCGUUAACUUAGCUCGAUCUCUCAAUCUUCGACUCGUUAUCAAAAACACCGGCCAUGACUUUAAUGGUCGCUCUGCUGGCGCUGGCGCUUUGUCUCUCUGGAUGCAGCGGUUCAAGAGUAUCCAGUACUUCAAAGACUUCAAGACCCCGUCUUAUAGUGGGCCUGCAAUGAAGGUUGCUGCUGGUGUCAUUGGCUCUGAACUUUAUGAGGCAGCUGAUAAAUAUGGCGUGACUGCUGUUGGAGGUGAAGGGAUGAGCGUGGGCUUCGCUGGUGGAUAUCUGGCUGGUGGUGGACAUUCACCUCUAUCUCCUAUCUACGGUCUAGCAGCGGAUCAGGUCCUUAGUAUUCAAGUCGUCACUGCCGAUGGUCGUUUUCUUACAGCCAACGAAUGGCAAAAUACUGAUCUUUUCUGGGCCCUACGAGGUGGUGGUGGAAGUACAUUCGGUAUCGUGACUUCAUACACUGUCAAAGUCUUUCCCAAACUUAAGGCAUCUAUCAUGAGUUUUGCAUUCGGUACAAGCGAGACUAUCUCUCAGGAAACGUUCUGGAAAGCCAUUCGAGCGUUUUGGGAACGUUUCCCAACUUUCAAUAAGGCUGGCAACUACGAAUAUUGGGGCAUUUUUCACGGCGAGGGCGAUGCACUGAGUUUUGCCAUGUUCCCUUGGUUUGCACCAAACCAUACUCUUGCUGAGUUGAAGACUCUGACAGCUCCUCUCUUUAAAUCCUGGAAGGACCUUGGUAUCGAACCUGAAGUUACAGAGUCCGAGCAUGAUUCUUUCCUCGGUGCUUGGUCUGUUGGUUUCGCCCGCGAAGCUGUCGGAGGUACUAGUACCAAGACAGCAGGUCGCCUCUUCCCAUGUGAUAACUUUGAGGAUCCAGCCAAGUUCAACAAAACCUUUGCUGCGCUCAAGAGUCUGUCCGACAAAGGUGGAAAUAUCAUCGGGUUUGGCAUAACUGGCGGUCCAGGUCCCCAUCCAGACAACGCUGUAAACCCUGCUUGGCGAGAUGCAGCCAUGUGGGCGAUUUCAGCUGUUGAGUUUCCCGAGGGUAGUUCAUGGGAUAUGAUAUCUGAGAAGAGCAAGACUCUGACAAACGACUGGAUGAAACCCUGGAGGGAUGUCACUCCUGGAGGCGGCGCGUACGCUUCUGAGGCUGAUGUUACUGAACCCGAUUUUCAGAAGUCGUUCUAUGGUGCCACGAAGUAUAAGAGACUUCUCAGCAUCAAGGAUCAAGUUGAUUCUACAGGUCUUUUCUAUGCUCUCCAAGGUGUUGGAAGUGAGAGAUGGUAUAUCACAGACCAAGUUGAUGGAGUACCUACUCAAAAUGGACGACUUUGUAGAAUAUAA